AUGAAAACUUUCAACGGACUUCCAAGUGAGGUAGGUAUUAUUAAACGAUUUUUUGUUUUAUUUGUUCACAGUUUAGUAGUAUCUUUAGUACUAUAUACGGUAGUGUUUUGAAUACUGUAUAAAUAAUAUUUGUUGUUCCCAGAAGUUCGUCUAAAAUUUUUUUUGCUUUGUUCUCAAAAAGUACUAGAUCUAACUGACUGUCAAGUUCAAAUACAAUGCAGUUUUACGUCUAGUACUUUUUGUAACGAUUUGGCGUAAGACUGGCGGAGGCUUGACGGACGACAAUAAAAUUAUGUUACGAAGCCUAAACUCGGGAACUUCAAACUUUUUUUUUAAAAUUUUGAGACUCAAAUAAAUUGCAAUUUUAUGUCUUGUAUUUUUUUUGGCAAUUCGGCGGAGCAUCGGCAUAGACUCGGCGGACGAAAAAAAGUUUUGUUCUGAAGCCAAAACCUGGACGUUCUCAACUUUUUAAGUUUGAGACUUAGGUUAACCCAUUAUUAUUAAAAUAAAAAUAUGUUUUUCUCCGCACUGGCGGACGCCGACUUCUCUUCGGCGAAGGCCGUAACUCCGUUUAUUUUUAAUAUUUUUUUUUCAAACAAAAAACAGAUUAUUUUAAAAUACAUUUAAAUACAUUUAGAUGUGGCAAAAAAUUUUUGUGUAUUUGGAAAGCAUCGACACCGUGGCCGCUCUUGCGACGAUCAACAAAAACCUGUACAAAUCGAUCAACAGGGAUUUCAAAGCGAUGUGCUACCAGAAUGGUAUCUACAGGUUUGAUGGAGAAACUUGGGCCACCGCUUUCACCAUGUAAUUUUUUUUUACAAUCUUUUUUAAAUUGCAUAAUUUAACAAUUACAAAUAAUAGCUGUAAUUAGUUUCACAAAAGAUAUUUAAAAAAUUACUUCUGAAGUUGUUAGUAGCACUCACCCAUAGUUUUUGAUAUACAUAAAUUAUUUUCAUUUGUGUUUUAGGGCAAAGUAUCGCGCUUUCGACUUUGAGAACUCAGAUGUCUUCUGUUGUUCAACUACUGGAAAAGUAGUUUUUCCUGUGUGGCCAAAUUAUGGCCUGAUUUCUCCCAUCGAUUUUGGAAAUUUUCAAUUUGAAAUGAUCGAUUUGAAACAGCACUUUGAUGACACCAUUGAGAAUAUCCGUUUUGUAAAUAACGGAACUCAACUUAUCAUCAUUUGUAAGUGGGUGCUUGGAACAACUACGUAUGAACAACCCGCUUACCUGUUUGACUUGGCCACACAAAAAAUUAUAAAGAAAUUCAAAUUGACCCACUUCCAUCAAGGGAUGUACAUCGACUUAGAAGAAAACAACAGCCUCUACGAUUCGUUCAGUAAUAAGGAAUUCCUAAUCCCCUAUGAUAUGCAGUUUGUUGAGUGUAAAUACACUGACCGACAGAGUGAACAACGGUAUCUACCAAUCUUGGAUCGAUCACGAGAGGAACUCUACAUAAAAGACAUGAAGACCGACGAGAUGUUCAAUUUGUGCAACAUUACGGCUCGAUCGUUCGACCAUUGUUUCCUUGAAGACCUGGAGUUCUUGUAUAUUAAGAGUAAGUUUAUUUGUACUUAUAGACAAUUAAUAUGUAGCGAGAAAAAGCAAAUUGGUUUUUUUUGCAACUAAUUAACUUGUUUUAUAAGCUUAAUUUUAGAUGAAGCCAACGGACAAUAUGGCUACAACAAUAUACAAAUAUAUGAUUUGAAGACGAGAGAAAAAGUAUUUGAACUGCCAUACCAUAAAGGAAAAGAUCACUGGGCAUGUAUUUCAAGUUAUGCCAUACAGAAUUGGAACACAGGCGACGUAAGUGUUAAAAAUUAAGAUUAUAAGUUUAUAUAGUCAAAAAUUCGUAAUUGUACUCAGUAUGAUAAACUACUUUGCCAAUGUAUAAUAUAUCAACUAAUACGAAAAAACAAUAGAAAACAAUUGCCAAUAUACAUUUUAUUUUUUUCAGUGCGUCUUGUACAAUCCAAGAAAAGAAAAAUUUUAUUUGACUGUCAUCAAUUGCUUGGCUUCAACAUCACACGUACACAGAUAUGGAAACGCCUGUGACUUUUCUACCCUCGGCAGAAAAGAAGGCAGAAGACGUUUUGCGCAGUGCUUAGGUGAUGUGGCUAAUGAACAUGCAACAUUCUUUCUGGAUUAUAAAAAAGGUAAUUCAAAGAAGCAAUUAACUAACAUUAUUAUAACUAACGUCGUUGAAAUACCCAUAUUUAUGUUAAGUUUAAAACAUCAUAAUUAAAUGAUGGCUCGUUGUAGACACAACCAAAAUAUUGGUUGAAGUAGCUUAACUAAAACUGAAUAAAGCAUUUUCAGAUAAACUCAGGUUGAUGCCGCUGGCAGUAGAUUGGGACCAGACGCCAUAUAUGGACGACAUUUGUUAUAACUGUUGUACAUGUGUGAACUGCAACAGUACGGCGAUAGUACUGCAAAUGUAA